AUGGACAUCCAACAGAACAAGCUCCACACUGUGCCCGUUGAAGGGGAUUCCUUGAGCCAGCUAAAUGUGAUACUGGACACAGACAGCAAUAGGCUGGAGCAAGAUAUGGUUAAGAGAAUGGCAGCAGAUGAAGGAGAGGCCAUGGAGGAGCAAGCAGAGGAUAAGAUUGUAAUAUCAGCAUCCAACAAGAUGCAAACCCAGGCUAAGAGUGCCUCACCAGCACCCAAGGGGAAGGAAGCCAAUGCAAAGACCAUAUACCAAGACCAAGCAAAACCAAAACCAAAAAAGGCCCCUGUGUCAACUAAGCCCGGUGCUCUGAGACCCUCUACAAAAGGCAAGGUUCAUCCCAGCCUCCUGGUGCGGAAUGUGGCCACUCCCACAAUGCAGAAUGUCACGACUCAGGCUCCUCCAGUGACAGAAAAGAGAAAGCUGAGGGUUGCCGACUUCAAGUCCGAGCCUCAGUGGGAUUUUGAGGACCGCUAUCUCUUGGACAGUUCAUCCUCUCAGUCACGCUGCCCCGAUGCGGUGAGGGCCAAAGCCGCCAAGUCUGCCUGGCUGAGGGACCUUUUCCUGCCCAACAUCACGCUCUUCAUAGACAGGAGACACUUCAACCACAGCGAGUGGGAACGCCUGGAGCAUUUCAAACCACCGUUCGGCUUUAUGGAGCUGAAUUACUCAUUGGUGAAGGAGGUCAUAACGAUGCUGCCACCCAACCCUUACCAGCAGGUCCUCCUGGCCAACAACAGCAAGCAGAGGCCGACCUGCAUCAGCUGUGCCGUGGUGGGGAAUGGGGGGAUAUUAAACAACUCUGGAAUGGGCCAGGAGAUCGACUCCCAUGACUACGUGUUCCGGGUGAGUGGUGCCGUGAUCAAAGGUUACGAAAAAGACGUGGGAACAAAAACGUCCUUCUAUGGAUUCACAGCCUACUCCUUGGUGGCCUCUAUUGUGGUGCUGGGGAGCAAAUUCAGCAAGAUCCCAAUGGGAAAAGAGAUCAAGUACCUUCACUUCCUGGAGGGCACGAGGGAUUUUGAGUGGCUGAAGGCUCUCCUGCUGAACAAGAAUGUCAGGAAGGGAUUUUUGGACCAGUACGGGCCCAGACCACGGGACAGAUUCAGUAAGGAUUUCAGUCUGGACAAUUAUCUGGUCAUUCACCCUGAUUUCCUCAGAUACAUGAAAAACAGGUUUCUAAGAUCCCAAAGUCUGGAUAAGUCCUACUGGGCACUGUACAGACCCACCACAGGGGCCUUCUUACUGCUGACUGCCCUCCAUCUCUGUGACCGGGUGAGUGCCUAUGGCUUCAUCACAGAUGGCUACCAGAAGUACUCGGAUCACUAUUACGACAAUGAGCGGAAACGUCUGAUCUUCUACAUCAAUCACGACUUCGAUCUGGAGCGAAGGGUGUGGAAAAAACUCCACAAUGCAAAUGUCAUGAAACUCUACCAGCGAUCCUGACCUGGGGCCGAAGGGACACUGGCUGGAGAGUUUGACCCUCUCUGGUAAAAGGGUCAUGUGGGAAAGAAACUUGAAAGGCAGGGGUGCGUCCUGACUUCAAGUCAUUUUCUACUUAUUUUCAUGAAGGUACGUUAAUUCUUUGGCACCAGAAAUCUUCUGUCUCAGGGCAUUGGUUCCAGGAAUAUGCACCCCAUGCACCUCAGCAACAGGGCAGGAAGGAAGCACUAAGCAAACAGCAUGGACCUCCCCAGCUCAGAGCACACAUGCAGCCAGUGCAGGGCUGAUCGUUAUUCUAGGGGCUACAAAAGCCAUUGUAGGUUCUUUGGUUUGCAGUGCUGUCAUUGGGAGAGAGGAUUCCAAGCUGGAGGGAUCUUGAAUGAUUCCAUUUGGAAGCCUUUUGCUAGCAGCAGACAUGUCUGUGGAGGAUCUGAACUGGCAUUCAGCUGGGUUUCUUGGGAGAGGUGCAGCAGUCGUUGGGGACAGGGAGUCUGCUUGGACUGCUGUGGUGAGUCCCAAUUGCAUGGUGCACCAGGAGUCCCAUUUAACACCCCCCGCUUGAGCCCACAGACUAACCGUUGCCCUGCUCCCCACUCCUCUGCUGCAGCUCAUGUGUCACCAUCCGCCCCCCCGUGUAAUUGGUGGGUGAUUGUUUUGGGGAGGGAGAUUUGUGCCUGAGCUCAAUCCAAGCCGAUCCAGCACUGAUUGUCCCACUCUGGUUUAGCUCCUUUUUGCCUGGGUGCAAUUAGAGACUGCGCCCAUUGAGAUGGGGCUAGUUUUUCUCCAGGCAGUUACCAAUAUGGUCUAAUGAUUAGUGCUCGGGAUUUGGCACCAGGACUCCGGGGUUCCAUUCCUGAUUCUGCCACUGACUUGCCAGAUGAUCUCGAAUAAGUCACAUAUUCUCUCUGUGCCUUGGUUUAUACUCAGUAAAAUGGGCAUAAAAAGGCUUUCUCUCUCAAGGGGCUUGUGACUCGGGCUGUGUCAAUAACUGGCUUUUUGGUUUGCCGGCCGAAAAUUGUUUUGGUUCGACCUGAAACAAAAAUAUUUCUUUCAACAAACUGAAAAAAGUUUAAAAAAAAAUUUAGUUCAGGUUGAAAAAAUGUUCACAUCAACCCAGAAAUAA